CCAAUCCUGCAGCUACCUUUUUGGCAAACCACGACCGCCUUCCGCCAUAGCCAACCAACCAUUCAAUUACCACUCAACUUCAAACUUCUACCUCUACCUUUUGCAUUCUCACUCUUCACCCGCAACAUCACAUCACGCAAUACCACACUCCCCAUUUACAUCGUCUAUUCCCAUAAACCUUGCGACUAGAAUAGACACUUGCGGCUGCGUUUUUGCGACCGUACGCUCAUCUUAAUUACAGACCAUCACUUCGUCCCGAUCACUCAUUCACAAUGGUUGAGACCGAAGCACCUCCCGCAGCGGACUAUAUCCGCCUUCAGUCAAACGACAACAUUAAGAUUGAUGUCGAGAAGGCUGUUGCCGAGCGAUCGCUCUUGAUCAAGAACAUGCUCGAGGAUCUUGGUCCUAAUGCCGAUGGACAGACUAUCCCUAUUCCGAACGUAACCGAGCCUGUCUUGCGCAAGGUUAUCGAGUGGUGUGAACACCACCGUAACGACCCUCCUGCCAGCAACGAGGAUGAGUCGGACAACCGCAAGAAGACCACCGAUAUUGACGAGUGGGACCAGAAGUUCAUGCAGGUUGAUCAAGAGAUGCUGUUCGAGAUUAUUCUUGCAUCCAACUAUCUCGACAUCAAGGCCCUUCUGGACGUGGGCUGCAAGACCGUUGCGAACAUGAUCAAGGGCAAGUCCCCCGAGGAGAUCCGCAAGACUUUCAAUAUCACGAACGACUUCACCCACGACGAGGAGGAGCAGAUCCGCCGCGAGAACGAGUGGGCCGAGGACCGAUAAAUGUUCAAUCUUACGGCCGU